UUUAAUGUGAUUCUUUUUUCUUACUGUGGGGAUCGGACCUCUCUGUGGCCCAGAGACUUCCACCCCAUGGUUUUAAAUUCUCAUGCUGUACUCUCAGAGGCACUUGCCCAUUUGGUACCUCUGCACCUUCUCAUUGAUGGUGGGAUAAUUAUCAACACGCUUACUUCUUGUUUAUAAGGAAAAAAAAUUACGAAUGCCGCGGGUUUUCUGAAGAAAGCAGGUCUCUUCUCAGUAUGGCUUCACCAAACAUUUAUACUGAUCUGAACUUCAAAACUCAACCUGUUUCCUCAGGCACUAUCUCGGACUCAUCUUCAGCCCUGCCAAAGAAGACCACCAUUCACAAAAGUACUCCUGGCUUUCCCACGCUGCUUCUUACCUCGCUGAUGUUUUUCCUGCUGUUGGCAAUCCUAUCCUCUGUUGCUCUGAACAUUUUGUUUCAAAUGUAUUCCGAUCUCCUUGAAGAAAAAAAUACUAUAAAACAACUGAAUCACACAAAAUUGGAUUGUAUAAAAGACCACCCAUCUGAGGAAGACAAAGUCUGGAGCUGUUGCCCAAAGGACUGGGAACCAUUUAGUUCCCACUGCUACUUCAUUCCCACUGACUCCGCAUCUUGGAACAAGAGUGAGGAGAAGUGCGCUAGCAUGGGUGCUCAUCUCAUGGCGGUCCGCAGCCGGGAAGAGCAGGAUUUCAUCACUAAGAUCCUGAACCGUAAAACUGCUUAUUUUAUCGGGCUUUCAGAGCCAGGUCAUCGACAGUGGCGAUGGGUUGAUCAGACGCCGUACAAUGAAAGCACCACGUUCUGGCACCCAGGUGAGCCCAACAAUGACCAUGAACAAUGUGUUAUAUUAACUCACCCACAUUCUAGGUGGGGCUGGAAUGACAUCCUUUGCAGUGCUAAACAGAAGUCAGUUUGUCAGAUGAAGAAAAUAUACUUGUGAGAAAGCAGUCUCCAUGGACAUGGGGCAGCAUUUUCAUUGACCGUUACACAGACACUUGGAAAGUCCUUCUUGUGGAAGAGAUGUUCACAAAAAUUUUAGGUAGGCAGCCAACAGUUAUACAUAUGAUAAUACUGGUCCACACAUAUUCUUAAUUAUUCAUUUAUUACUCUUUUAUACAAUGAGAAUUUCCCAUAUACCAGAGACUAUACAGGAUCCCCUGGGUGCAUAUGUGGAAUCACAUCAGCAUCUCUGUCUAUUCUUAGAUUCCUUGAGUCUUAUUUGAUGAUGGAAUUAUAUGGGGUGGUCCCUCUUCCCAUCUCUCUCUCUCUCUGU